AUGAAGUUUGUGCGUGGCAUCUUGGGGCUGUUCUUUAUUGCUUUAGUCGAAUUUGGAUCUUGCAAGGUCGUUGUGAAACAGAAUUCACUCGAUGCAGAGUUAUUAAAUAGUACCAUUGGUUUUCUUAAAGUGUCUAAACUUGAAUAUCCAGUUGCAGAAUGUCAAGAUUUGAAGUUGCAAAAUAUGGCCCGUUGCAGAGAUGCCCUGGAAGCAUACCCUCAUCUUUCUCUCUUGUACAGUUUUGGCUCCUUUAUGGUAAACCAACAGAAGGAAUCAAAGUCAUUGGAUGCUUUUGAAGAUUUACCGUUACAGAAAGAUUUGGAAAACUGGAGGGCAUUGUUUGACGGUGCUUUGAAUGGACUCAAGAUCACUUUGAUCGAUGUUUCUACAAAUUUCAACAAGAUGACGGACAUAAACAAUUCUCUGUUGGAAAGCUAUCAAGCAGUAAUGUUCAAGUCCUUUCAAAAAAUGAUAACAAGUAUACAAAUGAAAAACCGCAACGUUCUUCGAUACCUCUAUCGAUUCAAUAAUGUCAUCACUGAUAUAGACUAUUUCAAAGAUCGAGUGGGAAACUCUACGCAGGAAACUUUGGAGAGGUUGUAUCAGAUGGAGAAUAUUCCUGAUACAGACGGAGUGACCAAGGCAACAAAAUACCUGAAUCGAUUCAAGAUUGAUGUCUACCAACAAAUCAAUGAUCUUUUACUGUAUCUACGGGAGAUCAAUGCAAACCUAGUUACCCUCUCAAUUACUCUCAAUUCCCACAUCGAAAGAUCGUUACUCUUACUAAAUCAAGAGAGUAUUUAUAAUGAAGAUAUUGCCCAGUUUGAGGGUUUUUUGACAAAUUUCACAAACUUGAUGGAAACCAGUCUUGAAGAAAUGGAAAAGCUUGAGCAGUCUACGGUUGAAGUCAAAGACUCUUUUGGACUGUUAUCGCAGUUGUCACUAACUGCUAACACGUAUUCCUAUCUUAAUCUUUCAGAUUAUUUAAACCAUCUGUUUGUGAUUCUGAUGAACAAAUUUAUGAAGAUUUUGGUUCUAUUUUCGGCGUGGGUAACUACAUAUUUUGUGAAUAAGGGUAGUCUGAUGGACAGGAUGCAGUCAGCUCAUAUAGGAGCUAUAUCUUUUGCUUUAGGUGUGUGGAUUGUAGGUCGGUGUUUUGAGUGA